AUGUCUGACAAGCCAGAUCUCACAGAGAUUGCCAGGUUUGACAAAACCAAGCUGAAGAAGACAGAGACAAAAGAGAAGAACCCUUUGCCCACCAAAGAGACUAUUGAACAGGAAAGAAAAGGAGAUACAAGUCCCUAA